AGUGUGAGAGAUGCUGCCGCUGGGGUCAGACGCGGGUCCGAUGCUCGGCUGUGCUGUGGUGUGGAGACCCUGGGAUCUUUCAGCAGGAGAGACGCAAUUAAAUAAAGUGGUUUCUGGAGGUGUGAGACGGGUCCAGACUUCUUCUGAAGAUGUUUUCCAUCAUCCUGUGAGGCUGUUUCUGCCCAGAUCCAGGACGCUGGAGUAUCUGUCUCAUCUGGGCCGGACGGUUUUGGCCAGUUUCCCCGUUCAGGCCACACUGCACUUUUACAACGAUGAAGACUCCAGCUCUGAGGAGGAUGAAGCAGACACUCAUUAACCUCAUCAGAUCCACACGUGUACAACAUGAACUCACUAGUGAGCCGAGAGCGAAGCAGAACACUGUUUAGGAAGCGCUGCGGAUCCACAGGAACGAGACGAGCAGAAAUACCACGCCACCAAACACACUUCUGAUCUGAGGAAGAGCCUUCGUCUGGGAACGGCCUUAAAGAGACACUUCACCCAAAACUGACGUUUA